CCAAUGGGGUGCGUGCAUGGCAUUCAAUGGCUGCAGAGCGUCCCAGGUGAGAAGGGAGGCAGGUGAGUGAGCCAGGUGUGGGUCCGGGCAUGGAGGGCGAGAAGCGGGUCCUGUGCGUGGGCCUGGUCUGCCUGGACAUCAUCAGCCUGGUGGACCGUUACCCGGAGGAGGACUCGGACUCCAGGUGCCUCUCCCAGCGGUGGCAGCGCGGGGGCAACGCCUCCAACACCUGCACGGUCCUGGCCCUCCUGGGCGCCCCCACCGCCUUCAUGGGCGCCCUCGCCCCCGGGCACCCCGCCAGUUUUGUCCGGGACGACUUCCAGCGCUACCAGGUGGACCUCUCCUUGGUGUCCAGCCACUCGACCGGCAGCCUCCCCAUCUCGGUGGUCAUUGCCAACUGCGCCACCGGCUCCCGCACCAUCCUGCACGCGUCCAGCAAUCUUCCAGAUGUGACUGCAGCUGACUUUGAGCGGGUCGACUUGUCCCAGUACAAAUGGAUCCAUUGGGAGGGAAGGAAUGCCUCGGAGCAGGUGAAGAUGCUGCAGCGGGUGGAGAACUACAACCGGAGCCUUCCACCCUCUGAGCGCGUGCAGACGUCCGUCGAGGUGGAGAAGCCCCGGCCUGAACUCUACCAGCUCCUCAGCCACGGAGACGUGGUAAUGGUGCCUAAAGACCUUGGCCGUCAUUUGGGGUUCAGCACAGCUCGGGAGGCCGUCCUGGGGCUGCGCAGCCGAGUGAAGGAGGGGUCCACCUUGAUCUGUGCAUGGGCCGAGAAGGGGGCGGACGCCGUAGGGCCAGAUGGGGUCUUAGUGCACUCGGACGCCUUUCCCCCAGAGAAGGUGGUGGACACCUUGGGGGCCGGAGACACCUUCAACGCCGCCGUCAUCCUGGCUCUCAGCAGAGGGAAGCCCCUCGGAGAGGCGCUGACCUUCGGCUGCCAAGUGGCCGGGCGCAAGUGUGGGCUGCACGGCUAUGACGGGAUCGUGUGAGACGCGGAUGGGACGGCACGGCUGCUCUUGCCACCCUUCCAGAGGGAGAGAACAAGCAUUUUUGCAGGACCACCACAUAUGAAAAAAUGACCUUCUUGCAAGACUACCACAUACAGAAAAAAAAAUUAUCUCCUCCUGAACCACUGCAGGAGUUUACCGCAUACUGUGCAGCAAUAAACCAGUCGUCAACAUAGGGACCACCAAAUGCAGCAUUGGCCACAUACGAACCAAAGAACAUGAAAGGCACUGUAGACUAAUUCAUUGUAAGUCGCUCCAAGUUCCUUCGGGGAUAGGGAUGGGAUAUAAAUAAAGUUAUUAUUGUUA